CUGCGCUGCGCUCCGCUCCUUGGCCGGGGCCUGCCCGCCGCCAUGGGCCAGAUCGAGUGGGCCAUGUGGGCCAACGAGCAGGCCCUGGCAUCGGGCCUCAUUCUCCUGACCGGUGGCAUCGUAGCCACAGCUGGCCAGUUUACCCUGUGGUACUUUGGGGCUUACUCCAUUGCCGCAGGGGUGUUAGUCUGCCUGCUGGAGUACCCAAGGAGCAAGCGGAAAAAAGGUUCCACGAUGGAGCGAUGCGGGCAGAAGUACAUGACGGCCGUGGUGAAGCUGUUCGGCCCCCUCACCCGGAACUACUACGUCCGCUCCAUCCUGCACCUUGCCCUGGCCGUCCCUGCCGCUUUCUUGUUAGCCACCAUCCUGGGCACUGCCUGUCUGGCCAUUGCAAGCGCCAUCUAUUUAAUGGCCGCCAUCCACGGGGAGGAAUGGAGACCCAUUGAGCAGAAGCCCAAGGAGCGACCCCAAAUCGGGGGCACCAUCAAGCAGCCUCCCACCCAGCCUCCUCCCCGUCCCCCGGCUGAAGCGCGCAGGAAGCAGCCGGAGGAGGGUGGGGAGGCCUUGGGGGGCCCCCAGAGCAACCCCAUCCCCGUCAGCGACGAGGUCGUGUGAGGGGACGCACUCUCCCUGCUCCCUCGCCGCGCCCCCACCCGAGAAGAAAGCCCUGCCCCCUUUGCCACCCCCAAGAGGCCCAUAGCGGGGUACAGCCGGUGCCCCUCUCCCGGCCUGCCCCUCUCCCAUCCGCCCAACGCCCGACCUGAAGAAAGCAAACUCGCCUUGAAAAGCCAGCCUCCAUAGUCUUCCACCUCAGACGCGGGAGAGUGGAGGAACCCCGGAGCAAUCCCCUUAGCCGUGGUGGUCCUGGACACUUAAGCAAGGCCUGGAUCCCCACUCCCUCCUCCCUGGUCCCGUUCUACGGUUUUCAGUGCACCCUUUUAUAAUAAAUGCGCUCUUACACGUGU